UACUCAACCAGCUUCGCCUUCAUUCGCGUGACGACGGCAGACGGAUCAUCUUCUUAGGGAAGACAAAGAUCGCACGUUUGGCUUCACCAACAUAGUUAAGCCCUGUUGAGUUAUAUUGCAAAAUUAUUAUCUCGUUAUACCAUAUUUGAAGGCGACAUCCAUCGAUUAUAUCAACGUUAUCGGAACAAAAGGUUUCAAGCUACACUCGCCAAGCUUGUGGCAGAAAACAAAACAAUGGCCAAGAGAGAAGACUCCCACUCUGACAUGGCCCAUGCUCGCCAAAGUGAUGGCAUUAACGUCAUCUUUGACGAGAAAAGCCCCGCUUCAACUCGAUCCAGAUCCAGAUCCAGCAGCAGCUGUGACAGCAGACGCUCCCAUGGCUCAGGUCGCUCCCAUGGCUCAGGUCGCUCCCAUGGCUCAGAUCACUACAGGGGACGUGGUUACAACAGGGGGCGUUACAGGUCAUCAUCAUCUUCAUCCAGCAGCAGGUCCUCUUCUCGCAGCAGGUCCUCCUCUCGCGGCAGGUCCCGCUCUCACCCUCGUUGCCACAGACCUUUCUCACGCUGUCGCUGUGAGAACCAUCACAGAUAUGGCCGUGGCCGCAGAUCCCCACCACGACGCUACAGGUCCCGCUCCAGGUCUUCCAGCCGUUGGAGCCGGUACAGGAGGGCUUCAAGUCGGGUUUCUCCACCUAAAACAUAUAGAAGUGACUCAAGGUCCGGACCUUCAGGGCAUUCCAUCAACUUGACUUUGGAUGACAAAAGAGAACUCCUUAAAGCAGCAGUGGCCAAUGCUGCGACGAUUCUAGGAGUGGAGAAGUUGAAACUUCCUGAGAGUGUGAAACCAAUCCUGCCAGAGCAGUCAGAGGAGUCCAAACAGGUUUUGCCAGAGACAUGGGUGAGACAAGAAGACCCUGAAAAGACUCCAUCACAGAGCAGUGAGGUGGAGCCUGACGACAUGUCCAGUCCAAAGAUGUCUCCAAAAAGGAAAAUCAUCUCUUUCAGCAUUAAUAAUUCUGUGGUCAAACCAUCAGUGGCAGCUCCAUCUUCUGCUAAGGUAACGUCUAGAAUGGACAGCUAUGAAAGCAGGAAGCCCUAUGGCCACUGGGUUCGAGUCAAAUCAGGCCAAUCCAACGCACGCAAACACACACUCGCCACUUCACAGUAGUGUGGCAGAGUGCAUGGACACUUUAAAUACUUUGUACAUAUGUUUCAUAAUUUUUCAGCUGGCGUUUUCUUUCAGAUGUAAAAGAGUUAAGUUGGAAGAAAUGAGGAAUCCGCUCAGGUGGGAUUAUUUUUUUGCAGUUGUAUAUUGUGAUUCAAUAAAGAUAUUUAUUUGAUAAAAA